AUGGAAUCCUCUGCCAGCUGCAGGGGUGCUCCUGUUUGCCGCCACCCCUCCUCCCCAGCUUCCUUCCAGCGCAGCUCCACCAUCCGAGUCAGGACGUGCCUCCUCCCUCCCUUCCGUGGGGUCACGGUGGGCUCACAACCUCCCUCUCUCCUCGGGGGGCCCGAGGUCCGAGAGUCACGGGGUCCCCGCCAACGGGACGUGGGUGAUACGUUCUGGACGGGCCCCCCCGGGGAGCAGGACACGUGUUCCCGAGCUUCUGCACCUUCUGGAACCACCGAGGACCCGGAGGCGGUAGGCGAGUGCUGGGAUGGCAGAGCCGCCUUGUCAGUUCCGUCUCACCUGCUUCUGGAGCGAAGCCGAGCCCAGGCCAGCCCCCCGCCUCAGAGGAGUGUGUGCCAAGCCUCUCAGCCUCCCCGCCUCGUCUCUGUUACCGGCCACGGCGCUGGCUGUGAACUCAGGGAGGCCGCGGCUUGCCUCGUGCUGACCGCGCCUCAACUCGAAUGCCCGUCUCUCCUCGCUUGCUCUUGCCCUGGGCUUCUCUGA